GAUCAAUUCCUCCGUUUGCUCUAGCAGAGAAGUCUGUUUCUUAUUAAACUCAGGCUUGGUUGAGUAACGAGUUCAAAACUUCUCUUGGACUGUCUCGACUUGCAGGGUCGAGCUCUUGCCAUCACACGAUCAAGACUGUCCUCAGCUGCCGCCACAAGAAAAUAAAGAAUAUUCCAUCACUGGAACUCACUGGCUUAUCAGCUGGACGAAACACCUGGCUUAGCUUUUGUGACUUCCCCUGUAACACAACAAGCAUGGACAAAUUUGCAGAGCUGAAGGUAAGACAUCCGUAGCACUGAGAGCCCUGAGCUCUCUCUGGAAGAGCUGAAACAUUUCCUCGCCUUCCAAUUUCCCUCUAACAACUAUUAUUUCUUAGGAGAUCUAUAGAAUACUUUGUUUCAAGCUGGUGUGGGAAUCCCUUUAAAUCUUAUUUGGAAUCCUGGCUGCAAACGUUUUCAGCAUGCAGAAUGGAAACCAGAUGUUUUCAUGUGCUUUUAAAUCCAGAUGUGUGCAGGGGAAGUAUGGUGCCUCCAGAUCGUUCUGCUGUUUGGCUUGGACAGAGGAGCCAACUAUUUUAAUAACCUGUUUGUUUAAUUGCAAGUUUUCAAAUGUCCCUUCCAUUUUUGCUGAUCUGAAAAGUUUUAAACGUCAGUCAUUCUAUUUAACUGAAUCAUUUUCUCCCCAUAUUUUGAUUUUGGCUGUCUAAAUUUGGGUUGCAAGUUGGUUUUUCUCUUAACUGCAGAUCCCAACUUCCCUCAGUUUCACAAGCCAGACUGUCUUUUCUUUCCCAGCUGAAUAUUUGACAUCCCUUCCCCCCAGCACACGUCCUCUUGGUAUUUGGGGGGUGUUCCUCUUCCAGCCAAUCGUACUGAUACCGUCUUGCUUUUGCAUAACUCUCAGUUAACUCUAAAGUCUCUAGACUGAACAAGAACUUUCCAGAUGUGUUGGAAGAUUUUUAAAUUUUUAUUUGCACCAUGAAAAUAGCUCUAGCAGAAAUCUGCUGCCUGCUUUGCCGCCUGACUAGGAUACAGUAUACCUUUAAAGCACAUUCAAAGCAUAUAUUCCCCCUCAAAGAAUUCUGGACACUGUAGUUUAAGGCUUGCCGGGAAGAAUUGUAACACUGUGAAAUCUUCCUUGAAAAAGCUCAACAAUAUGGCAAUCCUAUCACAAUUCCAAGACUGUCCCUGGAAAAUCAGAACCCUUGGAGGGUAUGCAAAUAUUCCAGAGAAGGGGACGCAGGUGGCACUGUGGUCUAAACCACUGAGCCUCUUGGGCUUGCUGAUCAGAAGGUCAGCAGUUCGAAUCCCUGCAAUGGACUGAUCUCCGGUUGCUCUUUCCCAGCUUCUGCCAACCUAGCCACUCGAAAACAUGCCAGUGCAAGUAGAUAAAUAGGUACUGCUUCAGUGGGAAGGUAAAUGGCGUUUCCAUGCGCUCUGGUUUCCGUCGUGGUGUCCUGUUGCUCCAGAAGCUGGUCAUGCUGGCCACAUGACCUUGAAAGCUGUCUGUGGACAAACUCCAGUUCCCACGGCCUGAAAGUGAGAUGAGCGCUGCAACCCCAGAGUCAGCUUUGACUGGACUUAACCAUCCAGGGGUCCCUUACCUUUACCUUUUACCUAUUCCAGAGAAGAUGUGUGCACGUGUUGGACUGAGAGGCAGGGAGGGUGCAUCACAAACAGCCUUUGCAGCUGAAAUAUUUUCCUUUUCACCAAAGGGGGAGAUAUUUGGGGAGUUUCACACCACAUGUUGUUGUUGUUUAGUCGUUUAGUCAUGUCCGACUCUUGGUGACCCCCUGGACCAGAGCACGCCAGGCCCUCCUGUCUUCCACUGCCUCCUGCAGUUUGGUCAAACUCAUGCUGGUAGCUUCGAGAACACUGUCCCACCAUCUCGUCCUCUGAUGUCCCCUUCUCCUUGUGCCCUCCAUCUUUCCCAACAUCAGGGUCUUUUCCAGGGAGUCUUCUCUCCUCAUGAGGUGGCCAAAGUCUUGGAGCCUCAGCUUCAGGAUCUGUCCUUCCAGUGAGCACUCAGGGCUGAUUUCCUUGAGAAUGGAGAGGUUUGAUCUUCUUGGAGUCCACGGGACUCUCAAGAGUCUCCUCCAGCACCAGAAUUCAAAAACAUCAAUUCUUCGGUGAUCAGCCUUCUUUAUGGUCCAGCUCUCACUUCCAUACAUCACUACAGGGAAAACCAUAGCUUUUAUUAUUUGUUGGCAAGGUGAUGUCUCCAGUGUGGGUGGUUCUAGCACUGGUCAGAUGUGUGUCUCUUUUCCAUCCAGAGAUGGACACACGCAAGCCUUUUAUUUUUCUCAACUUUGCAGCCUGCAUUGUAUAUGUAGGCCCACCCUGAAUGCCUCCCACAUUUUGUAAAAGAAUAGCAGGAGUUCUUCAAAGACAGCCGUCACCAGGGUGGCCUUCAGAAAAUGCAUUAUGCACAGUGUUUGAGAAGCAACCUUAAUCAUAUUCCACUUCAUGAAACCCAACUUCAAAAGUAUAUGUCCAUGCCUGCUGUCUAAUCUCUUCAAUGAAAGGUCAUGGUUUGUAGGCCAGAACUGAGCUUCCAAUGAGAGCACUCAACUUUAUAUUCAGCUCAUUCAAAUAAAUGAACAUCGUUUAAUUUUUUAUGCUCUGGUGGACUUUCAUCUCCCAGUUUUGUUUGAAAAAUGCCAAACCAAAGAUAAAAUGUUGCCAGAUGAAUUUUUAAAUAUAUUUGCAUUAAGCACUGUACGAAUAUUACAUGAGUAAGCAAAAUAAAAACUAGAAAGCAUGACAUUUUUUCUUUUGGACAAAUGCGGAAAUGGGUUGCUAAUUCCCAGCUCCUUAUUUGUAUGAAAAUUCAAAACACAGCUCAUCCCAUUCCAUAAUGAUAAUUUUGCUAUUUAUACCCCAUGCACCUUAGUGGGUUGCCCCAACCACUCUGGGCAGCUUCCAACAUAAUUAAACAUUAAACAUUUCUUUUAAAAAAUUCCCUAUACAGGAUUGCCUUCAGACGGCUUGGGGAUCGGAUAACUCCACACACCCCAACAUUUCUCCAGUGAAAAUAGGGACAUCCUAAGGAAAAGCAGGACAUUCUGUGAUCAUAUCAGAAACCAGGACGGCUUCUCUAAAUCAGGGACUGUCCCUGGAAAACAGAGACGCUUGGGGGGUCUGUGCUGGGGGAGGAAGUAGCAUAUCUAUUUAUAGACGCUGGUUUCAUUGUGUGAAACAACUUUUUGUUUUGCAGUACAUGUCAGGAUUUGGUAAUGAGUUUUGCUCUGAAGAUCCGCGCUGCCCUGGAGCCUUGCCAGAAGGACAGGUAUUUGUGACACCUGAAAUGUGAGAGGGAUGCUGUUCACAGCGGGAGCCACGGCCAGCCUCUGGGGUGACUCAGCCGUCCAUGAUAAUUUCCAGUGCUACUUAGAGGCCUACCCCACCCAUUUACUUUGCAAAUAGAUAUUUUUGCGCCCUCAGAGAAAAAGUGGCUGGGAGUGUGUUUAAAGCAGAGAAACUGUCGUUUGAGACAGUUUUUCCAAUCCAUAUUCAUCCCUUCCAUGACUUUUUUUUUUAAGUGUUGGGGUUUCCAUUGAAGGUUUUUAAGCAUGGAUGCUUAACUCUGUUACCAUAAAGCACCAAUGCUGCAGCAAGCAAAGGCUCUAGCAGCUCAGCCAGCUGCUUGUGGCUGGAAAGCCAGACAGGAUGUUUGUGACUGUUGCCAUGGGAACAAAGGGGCAGUCCAUUCUGUACUGAGCACCGGAUGUUAGCUCAGUGUGUGUGUGUCUUAUGACCCGUACUGGAUGUACUUGGGAGGAGUUUCGUCUUGCUGUUGUUGAGUGCAGACAUGAUUCUCUGUACUGAUGUAAGAGGCAGAAAUAAAUGAUGUAACUAGUUUUCUGUCUGCUUCUUUCCCCUCCCUGGGGACACCAAAGGGGAGAGAGGAAGAACGGUGUGUUCCUCUCAUACAUCUGAGAAGAAUCGCCGGACCUCGCCUGCUUAUCAGCAGAGUGGAGACGCGGGGAGGUCGACAGGAAUAUCUGCCGGUGCCUACGCUGUGGCACAUUCCUCUGACCCAGGCAGAAUUCCAACAGUGGUAGCAGAGGAUGGUUGCGAUUCAUCGAACAUCUGCAUGAGAGGCUGGUGGAUUGUCCUCCUCUGCUCCAAGGAGGAAGAGAAAAGCGUCUGAAAGUAGCCAGAGGCUCCACAGACAGCUGGUGGAAAGAAGAGGUGUUUUCCCAAGCAACGGAGCUCAAGGUAUGCUGCAUUUCGGGCUAAAAGUGUGAACGCAGGAAGAUUAAUUCCCUGGUUCACGGAGCUGCGUUUCAAAGAAAACAAGAGCUCCGGGAGAAGAGGCCUGCAGCUUGAAGGCUGAAGCCUGCAUUCCACAAAUUUUUGUGGUAGAUAAGACGUCCUAUUGAAAUGCAUUGUUGCUAGGUAACGGUCCUGGAAAGUUACUGGCAAAGGGGCUGGACUCUGCGUGUAAGCCUGGGAAAGCGAAACAAAACCAGAGAAUGUUUUGGCUACAAGGUUUACGAGCUCUUGGAAGGGACUUUUCAAUAGCAGCCUGUGUUUAGCUGCCAGGUGCAAAGAGCGUAAACAAUUUGCAGUUUGCUGCGUGAGAAAGGAAAAAAAACAACUGUUGGAUAUUACAGUUUGUUUGACAUUGUGAGCUGGAGGCUUGGCUUCAAGAUGGAUGCCAAGAAAGGGGGGAGGUUUGCCUUGCCCACCUCCCUUAACCAAUGACAAUUAUUCAUCUUGGUCUGUAAAGAUGAAGGCCCUGCUGCAGAAUCAGAGGCUUUUUGAUGUAAUUGAAAACCCCAUCCCUGCAGCACCAACCAGAGGUUGGGAGUCACAGAAUGUAAGGGCCAGGACUGCUAUAAUUCUGUGUGUCUCAGAUGAUCAGUUGGUGCAUGUUCAGCAUUUAGAAAAUGCGAAAGAGGUAUGGGACACGCUGCGUACAACGCAUCAGAGAGAUGCUGGUUCUUCAGCGUUGCUGUAUUUUGAGAAAUUGACCAAUCUGAGACUUGCGCCUGAUGGAGAUGUUCAAGCGCACCUGACAGAAAUGAAGUUUCUGCGUCAACAGAUGGUGGAACGCAAUUUUCGUCUUCAGGAGGAAGUGUUUUGCUUCAUGAUGAUAAACAGCCUUAGCCGCACCUACAAGGUUGUUGCCAGUCAGCUUGGUUCCCUACCGGCCGCGCAGCUGACCGCGGAGAGAGUUUGUGCUGUGGUCCUGAAUGAACACGACAGACUUGCUGCACUGGAAGAAAAAGACAGGGGGAGGGAAGAACAGAGUUCUAAUUCCCCACUGCUGAUGCGACUGGAGAGCAUGGUGUAGCAUUGAGUGCUGUCCGAUGCUACAAUUGUGGACAGACUGGGCAUCUACAGCGAAACUGUAAGAAGCCGCGCCAGUCAAGAGGAGCAAAGAGCAGCUCUACGAAGCCUCAGGCGUCAGGCAAAAGCCGUACCAAGUGCCAGGUGAAACCUGCAAAGGCUAUGAUGGCGAAAGGAACCACGCCAGAUGUUGGGAACUCGUUCAUAAUCGACACGGGCUGUACAAAACAUUUGUGCCCGCACAGAGGACUAUUUUCGACGUUGAAGAAGCAAAGCUUCACUGUGAAACAGGCCAACGGUCAGGAGUUGGAAGCAACUGGAAUUGGGACUGUGUAUCUUGAAAGUCUGAACUUGACUAUAAGUGAUGUUUACCUGGUUCCAGAACUGAGAUUUAAUCUGCUGAGCGUGUCGCAGAUUGCAAAGAAAGGACUGAAACUGUCCUAUGAUGCUAAAAGCUGCAAGAUCUACAAAGAUGGAGAACUGUUUCUUACUGCCAAAGAGAAAGAUGGACUGUAUUUGUUGACUUUUGAUCAAAGUGAUUACAUGAAAUGUAAUUCUUCUGUUUCUAACGAAAUCUCUCUUGCAGGGCGACCAUGACCAGUGUGAGCACCAGGAAGGUGACUAAGACCAAGAAGGUCAACAGAGCAUUUCAGCGGGUGUAUGCUGAUGUGAUUGGUCCUCUAGAACCAUCUAGAGGCGGUGCACGAUUUUACCUUGUGUGUGUGGAUUGUUUCACUAAUUAUUCUUGGGUUUAUAUGAUGGAGAAACCGCAAGAAACUUUAGAAAAGUUUCAGGAGUUUUGUGACAAGGUUAAAAGUAUGCAUGAUGCUAACAUUGAUUGUCUUUUCACAGAUGAGAAGCAAAUUUUUCUGUUGCAGAAGUUUCAGAAGUUCCUGGAUGGAAAAGGGAUAGACCACAAAGUUGCAGUCUCGCAAGAAGCGUGGAACAGGGGGGUCUGUGUGAGGGUGAACAAAGAAUUGCAAAAGGGGAUGAAUGCGCAAUUGCUGAGUUCACAUUUGCCACAUGAAUAUUGGGCCGAAUCACUAGCGUCCUAUCUUCAUGUGUGGUUGAGAAAGGUCUCAACAGAGUUGGGAUGUUCUCCUUUUGAGAAGCUGUUCAAUAGAAAACCUUCUGUUGCCUAUUUCAAGGUUUUCGGGUCUCAUGUGAGAACAGAAGCUCCAGGUGGUGUAAAGAAUGCCAGAGGCAUUUUUGUGGGUUAUGAAAAAGGUCUCUACAGAGUAAUUUUGUCUGAAUCUGGUCAGGUGAUUCUCACAAAGUUCCUAGAGAGUGCUCCUGAACAGGAGAGGUUGAUAGUACAGACAUUUCCCACAGGAAACGAUGAUGAUGAUGAUGAGUUUGAUCUUAUUGAGUUCAGUAGUACUGAUGAUGACAGCGAUAGCUCAGACAGCUCAGUUGUCACAGUCAUUGAGAGGAAAUCUCACAUAAUGACUAGACCCUCAGAAGAGGAGGAUGAACCACUGAUUGCUACUGGUUCUCAACAGAGUCCAAAGGUUGAACCAGUGAGCACAGAAGAUCAGAACCUCAUACGCAGGUCUGAGAGAGUUACAAAGGGUGUACCACCAAAGAGGUACUCAAAAGAGUUUGCUAACUUAGCUGUUGCAUGUGUUGCUAUUGUUAACAACUCAAAGCAGGUUGAAGCAGUGUCUACGUCAGAGACAAAGACACAACAGAGGGUAGCUAGCCAAGGUAAUGCAGAAGCACUCAUUCCUUGGAAGCCAGACAACCAGAGAGGUACAUUGGUUAAACCAGUGGCGGGUAGUUCCAAGGGUGGAACUGAAACAACAGGGGAAUGUUAUAAAUAUAACAACUGUUUGUUUUCUUCUCUGGAUGACGCUUUGCUCGCGGCACACAUUGAUACUUUAGGGGAGUAUGUUACCAUAAAGCACCAAUGCUGCAGCAAGCAAAGGCUCUAGCAGCUCAGCCAGCUGCUUGUGGCUGGAAAGCCAGACAGGAUGUUUGUGACUGUUGCCAUGGGAACAAAGGGGCAGUCCAUUCUGUACUGAGCACCGGAUGUUAGCUCAGUGUGUGUGUGUCUUAUGACCCGUACUGGAUGUACUUGGGAGGAGUUUCGUCUUGCUGUUGUUGAGUGCAGACAUGAUUCUCUGUACUGAUGUAAGAGGCAGAAAUAAAUGAUGUAAAUAGUUUUCUGUCUGCUUCUUUCCCCCCCUGGGGACACCAAAGGGGAGAGAGGAAGAACGGUGUGUUCCUCUCAUACAUCUGAGAAGAAUCGCCGGACCUCGCCUGCUUAUCAGCAGAGUGGAGACGCGGGGAGGUCGACAGGAAUAUCUGCCGGUGCCUACGCUGUGGCACAUUCCUCUGACCCAGGCAGAAUUCCAACAAACUCAUCUUAUCUGCUUUGGUUUAGAAUAGCCCUCAGAUCUGCCCAUAUGGUCUGUAUGCUGAGCAGCUUUCUGGGUCCGCAUUCACCUGCCCACGAUCCACAAACAGGAGAAGGUAUGCAUGGAUUUGGGGAAAUCAGUUAACGUACACGCGUGUGUUUGUAUAGCGAGGGGGAGACAGUGAAAUGUUGUUGGCCCCAGCAUGGUGUUUUACAAGUCACUGCAACUUUAUUCCAAAAACACAGGUGCUGUUUAGUAUUGGUAGUGAUAGACUAGGGGUAGACUUUGGUAAUAUUUGGUAGUACAUUCAAACCUUGGAUCCCAAAAGCCUCUAUUUUGGAAUGAUUUAGCUCCCAAAUGCCGAAAACCUGGAAGUAAAUGCUUCGGUUUUUAAACGUUUUUUGAAAGCUGAACAUCCGAUGCUGCUUCCGCUUGAGUGCAGGAAGCUCCUGCAACCAAUCAGAAGCCGCGCCUCGGUUGUUGAACAUUUUGGAAGCCGAACGGGCUUCCGGAAUGGAUUAUGUUCGACAACUGAGGUUUGACUGUAUGAGUGAGGCCAAAAUUUGGCACCCCCAAACGGAUCUUCUCAACUAUGGAUCUUCUCAAUUUCAUGUGCAGAAGCCCUUGAGGAAUGUGUCAAUAGGACACCUUCUCCUUGGCUUCAACGCAGAGGCUCCCAGUGUUUUGCUCUGGGAUCUGAUUCCAAUAGAAAGGCUUACUUAGUCUUGGAACAUGCAAGCUUGUAAUUGUGGAGAGUGCCUCUGAGCAACUGCCGAGUGCUCCCUCAUCUAAGGGAUUAGGGUAUAGAGGCUUACGGGACAGAUUUUAAGAACUCUUGCUCCCUUAAUCAGUCCUGAAAGAGAGGUCCAUGUCUGCAAGAAAGCAGGAGUGGAAUGCCCUGGAAGGAAUCUGCUUACAGUCACACAGCUAUGGCCACAUCGAUGAUGCAGAUUCAAUGUAUCCUGCCUCCCAGAGAGACUCCUUCUUUGAUGCUCAUUCAUACAGCACAACAGUGUCUUGGAAAUGCCUGGUGGUGAUCUCUGUGGAAGGCGACUACCUCCUCUCAACACACACAGCAACUGCAGCCCAGAAAAUCUAUCUCACUCAGGGGAGCAGAGACUGUUCAGUUCUUCCGCAGUCCAAAGCACAAUGACAGAUUCUGCACUGGAGUAGUGCAUGUUGCAGAGGCAUUUAGUCAGCCAAAUUUCCAUGACUUCUCUGCAUUUGUUUUCCUCUCUAGCUGGCUGUACAGAAUCCUGCCUUCUGUUUGCCACAAGCCCUUUCAGCCUGUGCAUCAGGGCUACCUGACACAUACCUGGGAUGAAGCUGAGCCUGAACCCAAUCAGGUAAUCACAGGUGCAAGGAAUAAUGAUAACAUUACAAGUCGAAACCUUUGGCUCCUUUCCCAGGAAGGCCAAUGUUUCACAGAGAAAGCAGUUGAUAUGCCAGAGACACAUGAACUCAAACUUUGUUUCCCGGAAGAGAAUUUAAAAUCCCUCCUCAGCGUGAUCACUUCUAUACAGACAAUAAUCAUAACCAGUGCUAUUUUUCUGGGGCGGUGCAGGGGUCCGCAUAACCCUAAACAUUUUUGUGAAUCUUUGUACUUUUGUCCAUUUACUGUACUUAUUUCCCCCAAUUUGAACUCUCAAAUGUUGGGCUCAGCUAAGUGCCUGUGGAAGGGACUGACAUCAUAAGAGCCAAGGUCAGACUUGAGGCAGUUAGUCUAGUGGGCCAAGAGUGCUAUUGAGAAAAAAGGAUGGGGCAAAAAUAGGGACCCCUACAUUCAAAAAAGCAUUUGUUCUUUUAAAGAUGUCAUAAUUUAUUCUUAAGGGAAGCGGGUGGCGCUGUGGGUUAAACCUAGAGCUUGCAGAUCAGAAGGUCGGCGGUUCGAAUCCCCACAACGGGGUGAGCUCCUGUUGCUCGGUCCCAGCUCCUGCCAACCUAGCAGUUCGAAAGCACAUCAAAGUAGAUAAAUAGGUAUCACUCCAGCGGGAAGGUAAAAGGCAUUUCCAUGUGCUGCUCUGGUCCGCCAGAAGCGGCUUAGUCCUGCUGGCCACAUGACCCGGAAGCUGUACGCCGGCUCCCUCGGCCAAUAAAGCAAGAUGAGCACUGCAACCCCAGAGUCGGCCACAACUGGACCUAAUGGUCAGGGGUCCCUUUACCUUUACCUAAUUUAUUCUUAUAAUAAUUUUUAUUUCUCUCUUUCAUUCUAGCUGCGAUGGAAACCUUUUGAGAUCCCAAAGGCCACUCAGAGAAAGCUGGACUUUGUAACCGUAAGUUAAAGACCAAACUGUAAGUUAAAAAAAGUACAAACUAUAACAAGGAAUAGUGCCAUACAUUUUGUAGCUGAGGAAACUGAGGAAGGACGAUCUGCUUUAAACCACACCUUGUUAACAAAAGAGUACUCAGCCUCUCUGCUUGUAGCUAUUAAGAUCACAUGAAAAAAUACUGUAAUUUUUCUAUGUAAAUGAAAUAUACGCACACAUUUUCAAUCCAUCUAUCUGAAAUAGCUGGACAGGCCAAUGUAAAAAGAAAAACAACCCAAGGGGCUAGAGACUACAUCAGCCCCAUUGCCGCUUAAUUCACAUGUAAUUGUGGGAAACUGUAUGAAUUCUUGGGAUAAUGCCUCCCUCCAGCCCCCAGCCCAGUCCUGAGAAAUUCUGAAACUGACAUGGACCUUCCCUACCUCCCUCAAAAAACCCAAACACUUCUCUGUAUCCCUCUAACUCUUCACCGAGUGACCACUUUUAAUUGUCAUCAUUGUGGGAUGUAAUCCAUUGGAGCAGUCAAAUACAGCAUUCCUUGUUUUCCUAGAGUGGACGCAGACAGGGGGAUGUUCCUCCAGCCAGGAGGACUUCCUGUUACACCUGGUCUGGAGCAUCCUCCCCCUGCAUGUGACCGGUAGGUGGAUGUGACCUCGGGAGACCCUAUACAAGGUCCAGUCACGCAGCCAUCUUCCUCUUUUGCUCUUUUGACUCCUUUUGAUUCUGUUGGACUGCAUGGGAUAAGUCCCCCUAUGGGAUAAAUCCACACCUUUCUCUGUAACUGUAACUACAAGCCAAAACCUGCCUUCAGGGAUCAAACUGUGAACUGGAUGUAAGUAAACUUCUUGUUACUUUUGAAGAAAGACUGUUGUGUCUUUUAUUCUCUAGAGAGGGAUCAAAAGGGGACUUACCAGGAAUAAUCCAAUCUGGGCAUGCCAGAGUGGAGUGCUUAACUAAAGAGAUUCAAACGAAUCUGCAAACUAGCUUCCUGCUGUAUAAGGGAAAUGUGCUCUGCUACUUGACUCACUAAUGUGAGGGAGGAAGAGAAUCAAUAUAUCCUCUCCUACUAGCCACAACAUUCCCACAAUCAUGAGUGGAUUUCAAAGUUGCUAGAGUUGUUUAAACUGAAAGCAAUAGCCAAGUGUUUAUCUAAGGCAGAGAGAAUUUGGGGAUGGGGUUAGACUAACCAAAGGCGCCUGUGAUUUAUGCUAAUGUUAAGUGCAUAUUUUCCGUAGGGAUUGCACACUGUGUGUGGCGCUGGUGAGCCCAGGUCUCGAGAAGGACUUGCGAUUCACAUCUUUACCUGUAACAGCUCCAUGAUUAACAGGUCCGUGAGCAAUGCAUGAGCAAUGAAGGUUUUCCUUGACAGUUCUGGCUAAUACUAAAUAUUGUUUCACUACAAUUUGUGCUGCAGUUGAUUGGGUGGGUUAUGCUAUUGUCAUUGCUGUUUCUUUUAAACAUUUCACUAAUUUUAUACAGUUCACUAAUUUUACAAUCAUGUUGACAUUUCAAAACUUGACUUCCUUCCCCCUCUUUCUGCGGCUCCUUAAAUUUAUUUUUAAUAUCUUCUGCAUAUCCAAAUUAACUUAAUUUUCUCAUUUACUCAUCUUCUUUAAAUAUAUACUCUUAUGAAACUGCAGGUUAUCACAAUAAUCCUGCCAAUGUUUUUAUCUGUUUACAAUUUAUCUGUAAAUAUUCAAUAAACCAUUUCCAUUCUUUUAUAAAAAGUUUGUUAUCUUGAUUUCUUACUCUUCCAGUAAGUUUCACCAUUUCUGCAUAUUCCAUAAGUUUUUGUAUCCAUUCUUCCUUUGCUGGGACUUCUGCUUCUUUUCAUUUUGGGGUGAGUUACAUUCUUGCCACUGUAGUAGCACACAUGAAUAUGUUUCUAUACAUUUUAGGUAGUUUUGUCCCUAUAAUUUCCCAAAGAAAAGCUUCUGGUUUUGUUUUUUUACAGAGGUUAUUUUAAACAUCCUUUUCAUUUCAUUAUAUAUCAUUUCCCAGUAAGCUUUAACCUUACUACCACAUAUGAUAAAAAAAACUUCUUUCUCUUUACAUUUCCAACACUUAUUUGAUUUAGAUUUAUACAUUUUUGCCACUGCUGUUUCUGCUGCUAAUGCUGCUUUUAUCGAUCCCUCUCUUUAUAAGCUUUGCCAUUUUCGCUUUUCUUGUACCUCACCAUGGAAUCGCUUUUGUCGCGAAGGGCAGGCUAUAAAGAUUUAUUUGAAUAUUUUGAGUCCUUGAUUAUCCCUCUUUUCUUUCCCCUUUCUCCUAUUCCUUCCUUUCUAAGUAUUUUGAAUGCUGCUUGCGGCACCAGAGCGCUAUGUCUUUAAGCAAAAGGGUAGCCGGUGUUCUGCCCUCCAAGCGGGGGGGGGGCUUGAUUGAUCACAUGACUUGGUCACACACCUCUUUUGAAUGGCCGUGCCAAUCAGCCCCCUUGAAUAUUUUAUUGGGGGGGUGUGGAAGGACCUUGGCCCCUCGGAGUUGGCACCUAUGCCUUCCUAUGUAGAUGAACUACAACUAUCAUCCCUUCAUCCCUGACCAUUGGCGAUGCUGGCAGGGGCUUAUGGGAGUUGUAGUUCAGAGACCUCGUUGGGAGGCACCACAAUGGCCACCUCUUGUCUAGUAAGCAACUUACUAGGAAAGACUCAUAAAGACAUCCCAUAAUGGUAGACAUUGAGCUGGUAAACUUGUACCCAGUUGUACUGCUUCAGAGUGGGGCCUCACCUGAUUCCUCACACCCAGAAUACGUCUCAUGUUCCCUGAACAUAGAAAACUAGGAUGCCAAAGAUUACGAUUCUAACCUAACCCUCUCGGCGCCGGCUGUCAUGGAAGUGUACUCAAUGUGUCCCUCUGAGCGGAAAACAAUGACACUGAAAAACAUCCCAGAGUCCAGGAACAUUUAUUUCCACACCUGUGCACACAGCAUUGUGGAAUUUUCUUAGCAGACUCACUUGAAAAUAAGUUUCGCUGAAAUCAGUUUAAAGAGUUUAAAAUAAAGAUUCUAUUGUGGAUACCUUGAAUUUUGAACACUCGGCAAUUACUUUUUCCUCUAUAGAUGCUUUUAUAAUUCCGAUGGAGACUUCCUGAUUGGUGAGUUCUCCCUCUGACCUUUAUCAUUCUGAUUUCUUCUUCUCUGCUCUCUUUUCCUCUCUGUUUUAUUUAAAGCUGCAAUAUUGACACAGAGGGGACUCGGAGGGUUUUGGAGCAAAGGGCAAGAUUGCAGAGAGUAAGCAGAUAACAAUGGAAUCAUAGCUCUUUGUAGUAUUAGAGAACCAUCUACUCCAAGUGGCUUUCCUAAGGCAGGAUCAGGUACAUAACAAAAGCACUGUACAUUUGGAGAGUUGCCUGGGAAUAGGAAUGUGUUCCAGUCCCACAGCAUAUAUCUUUGUGCUUCCUUCCUCCAGUUCCACAGCAAGGCAAAUUGCUCAUCACUACAGAGUUUGGCAAGCUGAUGGUGGAGCCCAAUGAGAUCUGUGUUAUUCAGGUAAGCCCUGGACAGUGCAACACGCAAACACCCUUGUAUGUUGCCCUUGAUCUUCUGGGCAAAAAUGUUAGUGCUGCAAGACUCCUGUAGGAUCCUAUCACACAGCCGUUGGCCACCUGAGGGUCUCCUCGUAUUUUGCUUUUCCUACAUACGAGUCACCACCACAGCUGUGCAGCUGCUCCAUUGAUGCUGGCCUCAUGCAGUACAAUGGGCGCCUGCUCUUCGUUUUUGGAAAUAGCUGCCCUUUUCUGCAUGUGACUGCAGGCCCUGGAGAGGGACAUGCAUGGGCUGCAUUGAGAUUUGAUGAGGCCCUAAGCUAUUGAAGGUAAUGGGGCCCUUUAUAUGUCCAGUGUGGUGUAGUGGUUAAGAGCGGUAGUCUCGUAAUCUGGGGAACCGGGUUCGCGUCUCCGCUCCUCCACCUGCAGCUGCUGGGUGACCUUGGGCCAGUCACACUUCUCUGAAGUCUCUCAGCCCCACUCACCUCACAGAGUGUUUGUUGUGGGGGAGGAAGGGAAAGGAGAUUGUGAGCCGCUUUGAGACUCCUGAAGGGGAGUGAAAGGCGGGAUAUCAAAUCCAAACUCCUCUUCUUCUGUCCUUUGUCAACAACAAAUUGUUGGUGUUUUUUUGUGUUGAAUAUGUGCUAUAUGGUAAUUUAUGGAUCUAACAGGUAUCUAAAACCAUAAUGGGAUCAAAAUAAAUAAAUUAUGUACUACAUGAAAUCAAUCAGUAGGCAUAAGACUCAUACCCUUAGAUCAAGAUCUAUGCUGCCUGAUCAUCCGUCUACAAGCCCUCUUUAAUAUUAGAUAACAGGUACAACAGCUUGACCUACGUUCAACUGCGCUGCACUGCAGUCUGCAGCUGCCUGCUACAUGUUGCCCUGCAACCAGUCCAUGCAGAAUGUAGGCACCCUGUAUAUAGAAAUGAGCAAACCGGUGAUAUUUUAGCGAGCAGGCUAGCAGGUGGGGCCCAUUACUUACAUCAUAGGAGCCAACACAACACAAAACACUGUUGCUGUAUGUAGGUUUUAUUUUAUUUGUUCCUUAUCUUAUAUUUUGGAAAUGUACAUCCAGUUUUUUCCCCUUUAAAUUUUUUGGGGGGCCCCCAUGAGAGUGGGGCCCUAAGCUAUAGCUUGUUUAGCUUAUACGUAAAUCCGGCACUGGCCAGAUUAGCACUGCAGUGUACGUCCACAUCUGAAUUAGGUUCUACAUCCAAGUUGAAUUGCAUACAUCUUCACUGGGAAAUUGUGGCAUGUUUCCAUGAAGGAAGGAAGCCUGGAUAUUGCUAGAUAUUAAAUUUCAUUCAAUUAAUAUUGAAAAUGUUGUUAUCCUUGUCUCUUAUUUCGGCUCUGACAUCAGCACAUUCUUUUUAAAAGUUGUUCUGCCAAAAAUUAUGAUGCAUUAAAGAAAAUUAUAGUGACUCACCUCUACGGAUUGCCUCUGUAAAUUCUUAUAUUUGGCUCUUUUUGGAAUGAUGCAGUAACUGGAAACAAAAAGAUGCAACUCAAUGCUUUUUUUUUUAAAGCAUUCUGGCAUCCUAGGGCAGAGAGCUACGUACAUUUUCUGUGCCAUGUCUGUGAUUUAGCUAUUUGGAUCAGUCUAGGUCAGGCAAGCUGCAUUGUGCUUCUACACAAUGUGAUCCAAAUGUUGGCCAAGUCCUAUUGACACAUCCUUAGUCAUUGGUGUGGUCAAUUAGUUAAUGGCCUGAAGCAAUAAUCCUGAGGUGCGCUUCCUAAGAGUUUUCUUUGUUCUUUGUCUCCCAGCAAGGGAUGCGUUUCAAUGUAGAAGUAUUUGGAGAAACUCGAGGCUAUAUCCUGGAGAUAUAUGGGGGACAUUUUGAGCUGCCAGACUUGGGACCUAUUGGUAACUAUUGACUAUUCUUAUUGCUUUCAAUAACAAUAUAAUGCUUUCUAUUAGAAUCAUUACAACAUCACAAAACAGAGAGCAAUUAAAUUCCCCCCCCCCCCGUAUUUCUUCUUUGCACUACUAACAACAAAAUAAAAUGCGGGCCCCAGAAGUUGAAAAAAGAUUUCAGAGCUACAUUGAUGUUUCAGAUUAUACUUCCUCCAUUUUUUAUUAUAGUAAAAUAUUAAUGUACUAUAACUGAAAGCUGGUUCACACAGGCAGCAGUACUGUUGAAUUCCUACCCCACAUUUCAGGCUUGCACAAAAGCCUACAAUUUGCCAUGUUACUCAGUAAAGUUGGUUGGCAGAAGAUUCCAGGACAAGCAAAACAAGAUGUUUCUUUACACAAUGCAUAAUUCAGUAGCACCAGAUGUGGUGAUAUGCAUUAACUUUGAUGGCUUUGAAAAGGGUUUUAGACUAAAACCCAUGCCUUUAAAUUCAUUUAUCGCCAGCAUGGUGGUUUGGUGGAAUAUUCAGAAAUGGUAUAUCUCUGAACACUAGAUGCAGGAGACAAGCAACAAGAGAGAGGGUUUGUCUACACUUCCGCUUGUCCUGUGCUAGAAAUCUGGGUCUGAGCAGUUUUCCACUUGACCCACACUUUCCCAGGGAAAAGCCACUCUUUAGUGCUCAAUCGAAGCAAAUGUCCAUCCAGAGAAAGUCAGUUUUCCCUGGAGGAAAGCAGUGGGAUGAAAGAAAGUAUGGAUGAGCCACCUCAAAGUUUAUGAAGACCAAGAAGUACUUGGUGGCUGCUGUUACAAACCAAAUGCUAAUAUUCUGUGGACCCGCACCCUGGUAUGGUUCAGCAGAGCGAUACUUACUCCAAGCAGCCGUUUAGAAUUCCAGACUCUUGAAGUUACAAUUAUUAUAGAAUCAUAGAAUUGAAGGGACCUCAAGGGUCUUCUAGGCCAGUUUAUAUUACCAGAUCCUACCAACUUAACCUGGUAACGUUAUGAGCUACCAAUAGGUUUGCUGCAGGGUUUAGGAAUAUGAAUCAUGUGACUUGUUUCACAUUUCCCAGAUACUUCCCAGCCAUUCAAGGACAUGCAAAUUUUGAAGCAAGGGUACGGAAGUCUUUCUGUUACUUAGAAAUCCCUACUUUCCACAAGAAUCAUUGGCAAAAAACCUUUCUACAGUAACAUCUAAAUAUACAAUACAGCAUAAAAUGUUUUCAUCUCAAGUACAGAGAAGCUCUUUUUGAGAGAAUAGACUGAUAUUCCCCGUGCUGCGUGGAUGUUACUGGCCCAGAGAUGGAAAGAAGAGUAGCAGAUUAAGUUGAUGGAUUAUGCCGAAAUGCCAAAAAUGACUGGAAGAAUCAGAAAUCAGGAAGACUAAAAUUUUAAAAAGGAAUGGGGGAAAUUUAGAAUUUAUCUUAAAAACCGUUGUAAACAGCUAAAACUGUUAGGAGGAUUAGAAUAACACUUGUAGUUUAAUGGUGAAUUUUGGACACAAUGGGGAUAUAAAAGAUUUGGAUUAUCAUAAAAGGUACAGGAGGAAAUGAUUAACAAUAGGACCCACAAAGGGAAGGAGGGAAGUCCAGGAGAUUCUUUGGAAUCUUGUUUUUAUGUUGUACGUUAGAUAAUUGACUGUAAAGCUUUAAUCUGAAAACUAUACAUACACACACACACACACACACACACACACAUAUAUAUAUACACACAUACAUACAUACAUACAUACACUGUAUAUAUGGGACGUGGGUGGUGCUGUGGUCUAAACCACUGAGCCUCUUGGGCUUGCCAAGCGGAAGGUCGACGGUUCGAAUCCCCGCGACGGGGUGAGCUCUCUUUGCUCUGUCCCAGCUCCUGCCAACCUAGCAGUUCGAAAGCACGUCAAAGUGUAAGUAGAUAAAUAGGUACCGCUCCGGUGAGAAGGUAAACGGCAUUUCCGUGCGCUGCUCUGGUUCACCAGAAGCGGCUUAGUCAUGCUGGCCACAUGACCCGGAAAAACUGUCUGUGGGCAAACGUCAGCUCCCACGGCCUGUAAAGCGAGAUGAGCAUUGUGACCCCAGAGUCGUCAGGGGUCCUUUACCUUUACCUUUCUAUACUGUGUGUGUGUGUGUGUGUGUGUGUGUGUGUGUGUGUGUGUAUUCCCAGUUCCCAGUUCUACAAUUUGUUACAAAGACCUGAUUGCGCCCUUCUUUCCCAGGUGCCAAUGGGUUGGCAAACCCACGAGAUUUCCUUGUGCCCGUUGCCUGGUACGAAGAUCGCCAAGUAGCUGAGGGCUACACGGUUGUCAACAAGUACCAGGGGAAACUCUUUACAGCACAGCAGGUUAGGACAUGACAGUUUUCCGUUUAGAAAACGAAGCAUUUCAUUCGAUAUCAGUCUAAGGGUUGAGGUGUUAAAUGCAGUCCGUCACACUGACUUUCUCCUGUUGUGAUUAAACCAUGCAUGUUCUGUGCAUAUCCACCGAGGCAAAGCUAAAAGGUCUAAAAGCGAGCAAAGGAAUCUGGUUAAGCAGAUUUGCAAUGUUUUGGAGUUUUGGCGAGGUGAGUGGAACGGGAAAACUGAAGGCAGGCUCUUCAGGCAGUAAGGGAAACCAACAAGGGAACUUCCACUGGGCUUCAGUUUGGAGUGGGUUGUUGGCGGGUGAGGAGCCCACCAUGUAAUCCAUGAUCAGGUUCCUACCCCCAUGACAAAGAUGAUCAAUCAGAAAUUGCAGGAAUCAGUGAUGCAGGUAAGACACCGUCCCAAAUACAAAGGAGAAGCGAUGCGUAGUAGCAGGCAGAGGUUGUCUGUUUGCAAGCGAGCAGAUAAUGGAGAUUAUUGAACUGGUUUACUGUAAUCACCACAUUAUUAUUUACUUUAAAAUAAUAUGUUUUGUAUUUUACCCCCCUAGUGACCCAUUUUCCCCCAGUCAUGUCAUGUUUUACAAUUUCUGCGUGUACAAUUUUGUAACAGAAAGAUAAAAUAUACAUUUAAGGGUGGGGAUGUGUUUAGACUGUACCAGUUACAUUCUCUAAUCUCCAUAAAUACCAGACACUUUGCACAAGUAAAGGUGCUUGCAUUCUGCUUAAUCUUAUAGAGCUCUUCUCCAUUCAAUGUUGUGGCCUGGCAUGGGAACUACACCCCAUACAAGUACAAUCUCAGCAAUUUCAUGGUCAUUAAUUCUGUGGCUUUCGACCAUGCGGUAAGUUUCUGGAUGUCCUGGGUAAGUUUGAAGUCUCACCUUAGGAAACAUUCCAUUGUUUGGCACCAUAUUUUUUGCUCUAUAAGACGCACCAGACCAUAAGACGCACCCAGUUUUUGGAGGAGGAAAACAAGAAAAAAAAUAUUCUGAAUCCCAAAAGCCAGAACAGCAAGAGGGAUUGCUACGCAGUGAAAGCAGCGAUCCCUCUUGCUGUUCUGGCUUCUGGGAUAGUUGUGCAGCUUGCAUUCGCUCCAUAAGACGCACACACAUUUCCCCUUACUUAGAAUCAUAGAAUCAUAGAAUCAUAGAGUUGGAAGAGACCACAAGGGCCAUCGAGUCCAACCCCUUGCCAAGCAGGAAACACCAUCAGAGCACUCCUGACAUAUGGUUGUCAAGCCUCUGCUUAAAGACCUCCAAAGAAGGAGACUCCACCACAGUCCUUGGCAGCAAAUUCCACUGUCGAACAGCUCUUACUGUCAGGAAGUUCUUCCUAAUGUUUAGGUGGAAUCUUCUUUCUUGUAGUUUGGAUCCAUUGCUCCGUGUCCGCUUCUCCGGAGCAGCAGAAAACAACCUUUCUCCCUCCUCUAUGUGACAUCCUUUUAUAUAUUUGAACAUGGCUAUCAUAUCACCCCUUAACCUCCUCUUCUCCAGGCUAAACAUGCCCAGCUCCCUUAGCCGUUCCUCAUAAGGCAUCGUUUCCAGGCCUUUGACCAUUUUGGUUGCCCUCCUCUGGACACGUUCCAGUUUGUCAAUGUCCUUCUUGAACUGUGGUGCCCAGAACUGGACACAGUACUCCAGGUGAGGUCUGACCAGAGCAGAAUACAGUGGCACUAUUACUUCCCUUGAUCUAGAUGCUAUACUCCUAUUGAUGCAGCCCAGAAUUGCAUUGGCUUUUUAGCUGCCACAUCACACUGUUGGCUCAUGUCAAGUUUGUGGUCAACCAAGACUCCUAGAUCCUUUUCACAUGUACUGCUCUCAAGCCAGGUGUCCCCAUCUUGUAUUUGUGCCUCUCAUUUUUUUGCCCAAGUGCAAUACUUUACAUUUCUCCCUGUUAAAAUUCAUCUUGUUUGUUUUGGCCCAGUUCUCUAAUCUGUCAAGGUCGUUUUGAAGUGUGAUCCUGUCCUCUGGGGUGUUAGCCACCCCUCCCAAUUUGGUGUCAUCUGCAAAUUUGAUCAGGAUGCCCUUGAGUCCAUCAUCCAAGUCGUUGAUAAAGAUGUUGAAUAAGACCGGGCCCAAGACAGAACCCUGUGGCACCCCACUAGUCACUCUUCUCCAGGAUGAAGAAGAACCAUUGAUGAGCACCCUUUGGGUUCGGUCAGUCAGCCAGUUACAAAUCCACUGAGUGGUAGCAUAGUCAAGACCUCAUUUUACCAGCUUCUUUACAAGAAUAUCAUGAGGCACCUUGUCAAAUGCCUUGCUGAAUUCAAGGUAGGCUACAUCCACUGCGUUCCCUUCAUCUACCAGGCUUGUAAUUCUGUCAAAAAACGAGAUCAGGUUAGUCUGACAUGACUUAUUUUUCAGAAAUCCAUGCUGACUAUUGGGGAUCACAGCAUUCCUUUCUAGGUGCUCACAGACUGUUUGCUUAAUGAUCUGCUCCAGAAUCUUCCCUGGUAUUGAUGUCAGACUGACUGGGCGGUAAUUAUUUGGGUCCUCUCUUUCCCCUUUUUGAAAAUAGGGACAACAUUUGCCCUCCUCCAGUCUGCCGGGACUUUGCCUGUUCUCCAGGAAUUCUCAAAGAUGACUGCCAGUGGUUCUGAGAUCACAUCUGCCAGUUCUUUUAAUACUCCUGGAUGCAGUUCGUCUGGCCCUGGAGACUUGAAUACAUCUAAACUAGCCAAGUAUUCUUGUACUAUCUCCUUAGUUAUUCUGGGCUGUGUUUCCUUUGCUGAAUCAUUUGCUCCAAAUUCUUCAGGUUGGGCAUUGUUUUCUUUAUCGGAGAAGACUGAGGCAAAGAAGGCAUUGAGGAGUUCAGCUCUUUCUGUGUCCCCUGUUUGCAUUUCACCAUCUUCUCCUCUGAGUGACCCCACUGUUUCUUUGUUCUUCCUUUUGCUACGGACAUACCCAUAAAAGCCUUUUUUUGUUGCUUUUAACCUCUCUAGCAAGCCUGAGUUCAUUCUGUGCUUUAGCUUUUCUGACUUUGUGUCUACACGUGCUGGCUAUUUGUUUGAAUUCCUCUUUGGUGGUUUCCCCUUUUCCAUUUUUGUACACAUCCUUUUUAAUCUUAACUCAGUUAAAAGUUCUUUAGAUAGCCACCCUGGCUUCUUUAGGCACCUUCCAUGUUUCUGUCUCAUUGGUAUUGCCUGACGUUGUGCUUUUACUAUCUCCCUCUUAACAAACUCCCAGCCAUCAUGAACUCCCUUUCCUUUUAGUAUUACUGUCCAUGGGAUCUCACCCAGCACUUCCCUAAGUUUUAUGAAGUCAGCUUUCUUAAAGUCAAGAAAUUGAGUCCUAGUAUGCUUGGCUGCUCCUUUCCGCUGUAUAGUAAACUUCAGAAGAGCAUGAUCACUCGCGCCUAAUGAUCCUUCCACUUCUACCCCACUAACCAGGUCAUCAACAUUGGUUAGGACCAGAUCUAAAAUGGCUGUUCCUCUUGUUGCUUCUCCCACUUUCUGGACAAUGAAGUUGUCUGCAAGGCCAGUGAGGAAUCUGUUUGACCUUAUGCUCUUGGCUGAGUUUGACAUCCAACAAAUAUCCGGGUAAUUGAAGUCCCCAUUACUACUAUCUCCCUUCCUUUUGCAUGCUUGGCCAUCUGUUCCAGGAAGGCAUCAUCUAUGUCCUCCGUUUGGCUUGGGGAUCUAUAGUAAACUCCCACAAUGAGGUCACUGUUAUUCUUCUCUCCCUUAAUUUUGACCCAAAUGCUCUCACUUUGGCUUUGAGGUUCUAAAUCUUGGAUCUCUUCACAGGUAUACACAUCCCUGACAUAUAAUGCCACUCUUCCUCCUUUCUUGUCUGGUCUGUUUCUCUGAAAUAAAUUGUAUCCCCCCAUUAUUACAUUCCAAUCGUGGGACUUAUCCCACCAGGUUUCAGUGAUGCCUAUUAUGUCAUAUUUAGUUUGCUGUACCAAGAGCUCAAGCUCAUCUUGUUUAUUUCCCAUGCUUUGCGCAUUAGUGUACAGACAUUGAAGUCCAUUAAUCAUUUCCCCGUGACUCUUAUUUAAGGAUUUUUUCCUCCCACCACUAGGUCUGUGUGCUGUUUGCUCCAUUUGGUCUAUGACAUUUGGAUGAUCAUCUUCAUCAAUUGAUAGACUCCUACCUUCAGGAGCACUGUCUCCCUCCCCCACAUUAGUCAGUUUAAAGCCCUCCUGAUGAGGUUUCUGAGAUUUUUGGCAAAAACAUUUACUUUUUAGGAGGGAAAAAGUGAGUCUUAUAGAACAAAAAAUACGGUAAUUCUUUCCAAAGCCAGCACCGUCAAAGGCAAGAUUGGAAUCAAGGGAGAGAGUAGUGCUGUAGCAAUAAUAAUAUAAGUACAUUUGGAGGCUAAAACCCCACCUUGGGAAUAUAUAAUUCAUGCUGGAAUCUGUGCUGGGCCUGGGGGUAACCCGAGAAACACGGUCCAGGUCCGGUCCAGAAUCCGAAGGCUCUGCUAGGAGACAGUCCAACAGGGCCAAGGCAGGACACAAGGCAAGAAACCAGGCAAGGACAGGUACAGGAUCUCAGGCAGGAUCUGGCAUACAGCAACAUUGCUCCAGCAACCUGGGGCGAGGUCCGACAGCCUUUUAUCUUUGUCGGGAUAACGGCCGGUCCUGAUCCCCCGGCGACUCACCUCCUUGUUUCGCCCGGAGGCGAGCACUCCUCCUGCGAGUACUCAGGUCUUUCCUUCUCUCAGACCUUCAUCUCUGCAGCUCAGGAGACGUCAGUGGGUGACUAGACCCAGGGCCGCCUCAGCCUCCCCUGACCCAACCGGUAGUGGAGCAGCUGUAAGUGAUGGCCCAGCUGAAGGCAGCGAGGUCAUCCCUGCAUCUGGAGCCAGGGCAGGCUCAGGCCCCUGACUUGGCCCAGCUGGUGCUUGUUGCAGGGGAACCUGUGCAGACUGGGACUCUUCAGGAUCAGGCCCCAGACUUGGUUCAGAUGAUGCCUGAGGCAAAGGAUCCGGUGCAGACUGGGACUCCUCUGGUUCCGAGUCUGAGUCCGAGUCCCAGGCCAUCACAGAAUCAAUGAGAUGUACUCUAGGCCUUGCCUGUCUCAUACAAUAUAUCUGAUGUAUCAGGUUAGCGCUUGGCCCUGUUUAAAUAACCUGUCAAUCUUCUUUCUGUUUGCAGGAUCCUUCUAUUUUCACUGUCCUGACAGCAAAGUCAACUCGUCCUGGAGUGGCGGUUGCUGACUUUGUUAUAUUCCCACCCCGCUGGGCAGUGGCCACCAAGACUUUCCGUCCACCUUAUUACCACAGUAUGUCUGUCACUUACUCUGCUACGCUGUGAAACUGUUACAGUAGAUCCUGUCAGUCUUUGGGGAAUCAGCUUCCUCUCCUGCCCCUUUUGGCAAGUAGAUAAGCAGAACAAAGCGAAAGGAGUCUCUUACCAGUUAGAAAUUUUAAUGAUCACAGCGAGAGAACAAAGAAGUCAUUCCUAGGAAUGAAGGUCCUCCCAAUUAAGGGUUCUACCCACUUCCUCCCUGGUCCCCCCGUCACUCCCGCCUCUUGCAACCUGAUCUCGCAACCAUUGUGCUUUCUGUGCUGCCACCUUAUCUACUCUCCUUGACCUUGGGCUAAGCGGCUGGACGCUUUCUAGCGACAGUGAGUCUGUUAACUUUCUCUCUUCCAGUUUUUCUCCUCCUAGCUGUUCCCCACACAGUACUUCCCAGCUUCUGCCUUCUGAACUAUGCCCCUCUGCAAACCGCUGUUCCUAAUCUAUACUGUCCUCCUGUUCCUGGGAAGAUUCAGGAUCCUGAACAGGAGCAGGGGGAGGCACCAUUUCUCCUCAGUGUAGCCCUUCUCAGCAUGGUCCCUGACAGAUACAUCCACAAAGGCUUCAGUUCUGCACAACAGAUAGAAGACCUCCUUUAGCAGAGUUUAGUUGCUAGCCUAGCUGUCUCUUCAACAGAACCUGGAAAGGGGGAUAAGUGGUGACUGGAUAAAAGACAGUCUCCUCUAAACCACCAUAAAGGGAAGUACAAUAAAGUGGCCUGCUGCUUAUUCAUUCUUUAAAACAGCUGUAAAAGCUUAAUUUAAAUGUUUUUUACAAGGUUGUUUUUGUACUUCGCCAGAUCAUAACCUAUUAUAGUAUUUGUUAGAAUGGAUUCCAAAUAUCAUUAAAUUUGUCCAUAGCAAGUCUGUGUUUAUGUGCAAGUUGUUCAUAUGUUGCGAGUUUGUAUAAGUCUUCAAUCCAAUCAUAGAAGGGAGCAGCAUUUUUAUUUUUCCAGUUCAUCAGUAUCAGUCUUUUUUGCUGUGGUCAGGUCACAGAGUCCACUCAUAUUGUCCUUUUGUUCCGUGUGUUGGGUAUAUAAUUCAAGAGGAUAUUUUGCUCUGUAAAUGUAAGGUUGUUCCGUACAGUUCUGUUGAUGGUUUCAGUUACCUUCUGCCAAAAAUCUUUCAAUACAGGACAAUGAAAAAACAAAUGUUUUAGAGAAGCAUUAUCCCUAUUGCAUUUCCAACAGUUAGACAGCCCUUUUUUAAACAAACGUAAUGGGGUCCAGUAUAUUCUAAAUAUUAUUUUUUUGUUGUAUGAGCCUCAAUUUAAGAUCCAGAGACACCCUUGUUAUAGCAGUUAAAACAGUUUCCUGUGUGGUUGAAAUUGAGAUCUCAAUAAUUCUUUUUCUAAAGAAUUAGAAAAUCUUAAUUUAAUAAUGAGUGGGUAAGGACCAUCACAUCUCAAAGCAUCUGUAACGUGGUUCAGAUAUCUCCAAUUCUACGACAGACUUGAGCCUCUACAACAUAGCUGACCAACUCCCACGGUGGCCAAAUUGCAGACCGGCUGUGACUUUCCCCCUUUUUAAUUUCCACAGGGAACUGCAUGAGUGAGUUUAUGGGCCUGAUCAAAGGGACUUAUGAGGCAAAGGAAGAAGGAUUUGUUGCUGGAGGUGCCACUCUUCACAGUAUGAUGACGCCCCAUGGGCCAGAUGGCGCUUGUUUUGAGAAGGCAAGCACAAGCAAGCUGGUGCCCGAGAGAAUUGCAGAAGGAACCAUGGUAAGAGCCUAAAACAUUGAAGCCUAGCAGCUGCAAUACGGGGUUUUCUUCCAGCUUGCUCUCCAGGCGGAGAGUCAAAUGGAAGAGUUGCCCAUUUGGGCAGCAAGAGUCAUUCCUAUUUUACACAGGAAACGAUCCACAAGAGGGAAUAACUUCUGACCAGUCAAAAGAUUGGGAGAGAGAAGUAAAAUGUCUAGCUAGCCAGAGAAUGAACUAUAUUAGUCAAGUGGUUGUGGGUUGCCAAAAGAAGGCAACUAAGAGCCCAGCCAGGGACGACUGUGGGUGGGAUUCUUGCACUGCAGGAGCUAAGGACCCCUGGGGUCCCUUCCAACUAUACAAUGCUGAUUCUAUGAAAAUAAUGCCUUAAGGAAGCCUAAGGGUGCUUCAAAGAUGAAUGGGUGUCCCAAGUCAACAUGGAAAAAGGGGGGCGUCUUCUUCCUUUUAAACCUGAGGUGCAAAGGGGUUUCCAAGCAGCCUGAGACUACAAAGGAAUUUGAAUGUGUUAGAUGUUAAGACUAUAGACAUACAGUGGUACCUCGGGUUACAGACGCUUCAGGUUACAGACUCCACUAACCCAGAAAUAGUACCGCAGGUUAAGAUCUUUGCUUCAGGAUGAGAACAGAAAUCGCGCGGCGGCAGCAGGAGACCCCAUUAGCUAAAGUGGUGCUUCAGGUUAAGAACAGUUUCAGGUUAAGAGCGGACCUCCAGAACGAAUUAAGUUCUUAACCCGAGGUACCACUGUAUUGCAUUUUUUAUUUCCUUUAUAUUCCACGGCUCAUCCAAGGAGCGCAAGGUAGUGAACAAAGCUCUCUUCACAACAGCCACGUGGUGUUGAUUAUGCAGAGCAGCAAUCACUUGUGGGCAUUGUGCAUUUACUAACUUGCACGGGAAUAAUCCGUGGUGCUUUAUGAACUUGGGCCUCUGUAUGAGGUCUUGCCAAGGCAUGCUGCCUUUUGUAAAUAGUUCGGGCUUUGUAAGAAUUCAGAUUUGUCAAGUCUAGCAAAGUAUAUGCAGAAUUGUGUGCCUGUUACCAAGUUCUAUGUGACAUGCUCAUGCAAAUAUACCACGCAAAUUGAAUUAGGUAAUAGUCUUAAAAUUCAGCAACAUGAGAUGAAACAACUACAGUGGUACCUCUGGUUACGAACUUAAUUCGUUCCGGAGGUCCGUUCUUAACCUGAAACCGUUCUUAACCUGAAGCACCACUUUAGCUAAUGGGGCCUCCCGCUGCUGCUGUGCCGCCACCACGUGAUUUCCUUUCUCAUCUUGAAGCAAAGUUCUUAACCCGAGGUACUACUUCUGGGUUAGCGGAGUCUGUAACCCAAGGUGUUUGUAACCCAAGGUACCACUGUAUAUGAAAGUCUGCUUAUUUCUACUGAUAAUCAAAAUUCAGCUUCUCAGUAGACUUCUAAUGGCUGAGUCAACCCAGUUCUGAAUAUUCAUCUCUAUAUCUGGGCAACCUUAUGAGAAUUUGUAAACGUGAGUAGUCAAAGGCUAGACUUGUCAAUACUUCUAGAUACAAUUUAAGGUCUCGUGUGUAUUCUCUCUCAAAUCAUGUGCGCAACACACUGUGCAACAACUCUUGUUAAAGCAACUUCUGUUUGCAUUUAAUUAAUAGGUUGUUGCUAGUUACUUUCCCUUUCUCAACGUUUUAUGUGACUUUUCCUGCAGGCCUUCAUGUUUGAGUCUUCUUUUAGCUUGGCUGUCACCAAAUGGGGGCUGAAAAGUUCCCUAGAUAAAAACUACUACAAGUGCUGGGAAACCCUGAAGAGCCAUUUCAAUCCGAAGAAUCCCGAUGUGCAGUCACUCUGAUUUUUCUUUCCUGCUUAGCUGAAGGCAACUGUGUAGCUGUUAACAGUGUCUUGGUCCAUAUUACAUGCAGAAACUCAUGGACAGCUGACAAGACGAAUGACCUGUAAGCGUAAAACCAAAGAACUACUACAAAUUUUUAUUUGCCAAGUGCACCUUUACAUUUGCUUAAAAUGUAAAAGCCCCAAAACCUCCCAUCAUAUAAUACCCAGUGUAACAAAAUGAUUUUGUAUUUGGUCUCUCUGGCACCAGAAAGAUAGUUUUUGAGUCUCUCUCUUAGUUUAAAAUAAAGGAAUAUUAGCAAUUUGCCUUUAUGAUUUCUGACAUACAGUGACACCCAAGUCCUUCUCAUGAGCUAUCAUAUUCAACACAUUGCCCAAGCUAAACUGCCAUUGUACCAUUACUACUUUAUUAUUUAUUAAAUAAAAAAUUAUGGGGUGUUAUAGGCGGGUGGAACCUCUGGUGGGGGACACAUCAUGCUCCUUGUGGGGUAGUCUGUCCACCUUUGGUCCCUACCCUGCACUCAGCUCUCACCUGUGGCUCUUAGGUUUCAAUAGAUGACAAUGGCCGCACUCCAGAAAAUGGCUUUGACUGGCCAUCUAAACCAGGUGAGGAUAGGGGAUGGGUCUCAGACCAUCGGUGAGUUAGGGACUUCCCGUGUGCAAAAAGAGGCUGUGGCGGGUUGAGAGGGCAAAAACAAUAUUGGAUCCAACUUUUGGCAGUUUGUAAAUGGAAGUGAGGGGCAGAUGGGGCUCCUCAACCUAGGGAGGCAUUUCCUCAGGAGAAGAAAAGGCUGAGGACUGAGCCCUCCACAAAUCUGGAGUCCCCAAGACAGUUGGAUGGUGCCUUGUAGGCUUCCAUCUGGCAACUCCUGCAGCCAAGCUGGUGCCAAACAUAUAGCUGUGCUUUCCUUUGGACCACAUCAGUGAGGCCAAGGGGGGGGGGUCUUGUCAUCUGGGCAGCCCAGGACCUCCAUACACACUGCUCAGGCUUGAGCCCAGGAGAGGACACUUCAGUGCUGCUAAUGCAGUGGUUUGACUUGACCCCCUGGAAGUGCACUCAGUUGUCUCUCGAGACAGAUGGAUGCCAACAAUUUAUUACAAAAACAUUCUAGGGCAGGGGUAGGCAACCUAAGGCCCGUGUGCCGGAUGCAGCCCAAUCGCCUUCUCAAUCUGGCCCAUGAGCGGUCCGGGAAUCAUCGUGUUUUUACAUGAGUAGAAUGUGUGCUUUUAUUUAAAAUUCAUCUCUGGGUUAUUUGUGGGGCAUAGGAAUUCAUUCAUCCCCCCCCCCCCAAUACAGUCCAGCCCACUACAUGGUCUGAGGGAUCGUGGACUGGCCCACGGCUGAAAAAGGUUGCUGACCCCUGCUCUGGAGCAACUUUACAAAACAAUUAAAACUAACAGCAAAAAAGCUUUUAAAACAUGAUGGAUUUUAAUCAAGAAUGAAACAUUAAUGAAAAUCUAUGCUACCGUUAAAAACAACCUGGCCCCUGGUGACAAGGCAGCACCAGGUAAACCUCUCUAGGGGCACAACUGGGGAAAUUGAUUGUUACCUCCCCACCUCACCUGAGGGCCUCUAAAGAUGGAAAUGUUUGCGCAGGCUGAUGUGGAGGGGAUCCUUCAUACAUCCCAGACACAGAAGGAUUUAAAAACUAUCUCCAGCACUUGAAUUUUGAACCAGAAAAUGAACCAGGAGUCAAUUUACCUGUUAAAGCACCGGUGAGAUGUGACCCAACACCCAGUCCCAGGUCACAUCCUGGCAGCUAUAUUUGGGACUAACUGCAGUUUUGAGGACAGCCUUCAAAGGCAGUAAUUUAGCCUAGAACAGGGGGUGGGAAUCGGUGACCCUCCAUGUUGUUGGGCUACAGCUCCCAGACUGGUUGGGGUUAUCGUAAUCCGUGGCAGUCCGGUGAAUGGGAGCCAUUUUAUCCUUGAAACAUUAGCAAUGGCACAAUCCACACCUAAACAGCAGACAUACCUAAAUGCAUUUGAAACCAAGUGGAUGAAAAUAGCCAAAUUUCAGGCUCAGGUCUCAGAUCUGAAAUGGGUAAAGCUACAUUUCUACAAAUUGAUUCCACGGAAGGCGUAAAGAAGGUCACCUCAUUAUCGUGAAAACAAGGUUCCGGAAUUCUGUAGCCUCUUGUGUAGAGGUAACUCUAAUGCCAGAUUUAAGAACCAGGCCUCACGUCAGUUGUCCCUUCACUUGCUCAAACAAUAUUCCUCUGUCCCUGGCCUUUGCACCCCCCUCUGGCCAGCACUGUGUUUUUCGCUCCAUAAGACGCACCAGACCACAAGACGCACCUAGUUUUUGGAGGAGGAGAACAAGGAAAAAAAUAUUCUGAAUCCCAGGAGCCAGCUGCCCUGAAGAGUCUUUGUGCGGCUAAGCCAGAACAGCAAGAGGGAUCACUGCGCAGCGCUCCCUCUCGCUCUUCUGGCUUCUGAGACAGCUGCGCAGCCUGCAUUCGCUCCAUAAGACGCACACACAUUUCCCCUUACUUUUUAGGAGGGAAAAAGUGAGUCUUAUAGAGCGAAAAAUACGGUAAUUUGUGAAAAUGUGAAGACAUCUGAAAACCCAUCUUUUGAAAGCAGAAUUGCAAGCUGUAGUGACACAAUAAAUUUCAGCACACACACAAAAAUUUUAUUUUAGGUGCUGCACUUGAAAUACAAAGGAAACAAACCAGUUUCUAACUGAGAUUUAUUUUGAAAUAGGUUAGAGAUGGAGUACAAGCCUCUUCAGCAGCAGGUACAGGACACUUAAUAGAACAGAGGGAACGGUCGCUCAUACUUGCCUUCCUGUAUGAGCUUUUCUUUUCUAUCCUGUGCAAAACAAAAACAGGAAAAAAAAUCACCAAUCUAAGCAAGGGUAAAGAAAUGCUCCAACAAAAGUGAUGCCCAAAGACAACAGAGUUAGCAGAAGACUGCAGCCCUAACUAGAUACUAAGCCCAAGCAAUGAGACUUCUGAGUAAACAUUUUAUUUUAUUAAAGUAUUUUUACACCCGCUUUCAAUUUAAAUAUUUCAGGGCAAUUUAACGAAAGUCAGAAGUGUUGUAUGCUGUUAAGUUCUAGAAUGUGAGAGUUGGAGAGAUGGACUGUUUUGAAGAGGCUACACUCCUCUGAAAGGAAGGCUGCAGCUUGGGGCUACUCCUGGAUCAGUUAUCAGUGGAGGGUUAGAUGGCCUGGUGGUUAGCAGUGACUAUUUUCAGCUAUGGCUAAUUAGCCAGCUAUUGCCUCUUCAUUACUUGGCCUUGGGACGCCUCCAGGACUACUGCAGUGCACUCUACGUGGGACUGCCCUUGAAGAUGGUGUGAAAUCUCCAACGGCUCCAAAAUGCAGCUGCCAGAUUACUUCCUGGGUACCAUUUAGAACAGGCAUAAGCAAACCUGGCCCUCCAGAUGUUUUGGGACUACAACUCCCAUCAUCCCUAGCUAACAGGACCAGUGGUCAGGGAUGAUGGGAGUUGUAGUCCCAAAACAUCUGGAGGGCCAAGUUUGCCCAUGCCUAAUUUAGAACUGAUAUAACUCCUGUUCUGAAGCAGCCGCACCAGUUCCCAAUUUGUUCCUGGACUCAGUUCAAGGAUAUUAUUAUUCUUAAUGUUCAAAGCCCUAAACGAAUUGGGCCCCAAAUUUCUGAAAGGUUUCCUCCUCUUGGAUGUUAAAAUUAGCAGAGAGCCGCCUUGGUAAUUCUGCACCAUUAGUCCAGGCAGUGACCCGGGCAAAGCAUUAUCUGUUGCAGCCUCCCAAUUGUGGAAUUCCAUCCCCAAAGAGGCACGUUGAGCAUCAUUAUUGUACUGCUUUUGUCAUAUGCUGAAGACACACCCCUUCAUCUGCUUCUAACAGCUGAGUUAUUUUAUGUUAAGGACUUCCUUUAGUCUACGUUUUAUAUUGUGUUUUUGGUGUUUUAUUGUGUUUGGUUUUUUCAAUUGUAAAUUUUAUUGUUGCUUUGUUGUAACGUUCCCUGGAUCUUAAGGUGAAUGACAGGCAAGAAAUCCUAAAAAUAAAUAAAUGGCAACAGGAAAACAAUUGCUACAC